GUGCGUGUGGAGGAGAGGCCCAGGUGAGGAGCCAGCGCCCGCGUUCCGGAAGCCCCCUCCCGGGGCCAUGGGGGCACAGGUGAGGCUGCCGCCUGGAGAGCCCUGCCAAGAAGGAUAUGUGCUGUCUCUGGUCUGUCCAAACUCCUUCCAGGCUUGGUGUGAGAUCACAAAUGUUUCACAGCUGCUGGCUUCUCCUGUGCUCUACACGGACCUGAAUUCCAGCAUAAACAACUUGAGCAUUUCAGCAAAUGUAGAAAACAAAUACAGUCUUUAUGUGGGCUUGGUACUGGCAGUAAGUUCAAGUAUUUUUAUUGGCUCCAGCUUCAUCCUGAAAAAGAAGGGCCUCUUGCAACUGGCCAGCAAGGGUGUUACUAGAGCUGGACAAGGUGGACAUUCUUACCUGAAGGAAUGGCUCUGGUGGGUAGGAUUGCUGUCAAUGGGAGCAGGAGAAGCUGCAAAUUUUGCUGCUUAUGCUUUUGCACCUGCCACCUUGGUCACCCCUCUGGGUGCUCUGAGUGUUCUUAUAAGUGCAAUAUUAUCUUCCUACUUUUUAAACGAACACUUGAACAUUCAUGGGAAAAUAGGCUGCAUAUUAAGUAUAUUGGGGUCAACUGUGAUGGUUAUCCAUGCCCCACAAGAAGAGGAAGUCACAUCUUUGCAUGAAAUGGAAAUGAAAUUGAGAGACCCAGGGUUUAUUUCUUUUGCUGUGAUCAUAACUGUGAUCUCCUUGGUGCUGAUUUUGAUUGUGGCUCCAAAGAAAGGACAGACCAAUAUAUUGGUUUAUAUUUCAAUCUGUUCCUUGAUUGGAGCGUUUUCAGUUUCUUCUGUCAAAGGCCUGGGAAUUGCCAUUAAGGAGCUGAUAGAAUGGAAGCCAGUUUACAAACAUCCCCUGGUCUUUGUUUUGCUGGCUGUACUUGUGCUUUCAGUAACUACACAGAUUAACUAUCUCAACAAGGCACUGGACACCUUUAAUACCUCUCUUGUGACACCCAUUUAUUAUGUAUUCUUCACAUCCAUGGUAGUCACUUGCUCUGCCAUCUUAUUCCAAGAGUGGUAUGGCAUGACAGCUGGAGACAUCAUUGGGACCCUGAGUGGAUUCUUCACUAUUAUCAUUGGCAUCUUCCUUCUACAUGCUUUUAAAAAUACUGACAUUACUUGGAGUGAGCUUACAUCCACUGCUAAGAAAGAAGCCAUCUCUCUGAAUGUCAGUGAAAACAAUUAUGUUUUACUAGAGAACUUGGAGUGUUCAGCCCCGGGAUACAAUGAUGACGUUACCUUGUUUAGUAGAACUGAUGACUGAAGUCUCUAGAAACACUGAGU